AUGGUGGUUUUCGCCGACUGCUCCGGUGAGGCUGAGGCUACUGAAGCUGGGCAGUGGCACAAACCCCAGGCCCUAAAAUUAAAAGUCGCAGCCAUUGCAUCCGUACUGUUUGCCGGCGCAAUGGGUGUUGGCAUUCCCAUUCUUGGGAAGGCGAUACCUUGUCUAAAUCCGGGCAGCAGCCUGUUUUCAAUAAUCAAGGCGUUUGCAGCCGGUGUCAUAUUGGCCACCGGCUUCAUUCAUGUCCUUCCCGAUGCCUUCGACAACUUGACGUCUCCAUGCCUGAAGGAGAACCCGUGGGGGAAGUUUUCCUUAACUGGGUUUGUGGUGAUGGUUGCUGCCAUUGGAACUUUGAUUAGGAACAGGGUUUUGGUGUUGGGUAUUGUCGUACACUCCAUCAUCAUAGGAAUCUCCUUGGGUGUUUCUGGAAGUCCAGACACCAUAGGGCCCUUAGUUGCCGCGUUAGCCUUUUAUCAAUUUUUUGAAGGCAUGGGCCUUGGUGGAUGUAUGGCUCAGGUGAAUUUCAAGUCUCAAGCAACUGCAGUCAUGGCACUGUUCUUCUCCCUUACAACUCCUAUUGGAGUUGCAAUCGGGAUUGGAAUAUCGAACAUAUAUACAGAAAACAGCCCGACAGCCCUUGUGGUUGAAGGCGUUCUAAACGCAGCUUCAGCGGGUAUUUUAAUUUACGUGUCGCUGGUCGAUAUGCUUGCGGCCGAGCUUAUGAACUCAAAGCUGCAGAGCAAUUUAAGGCUUCAAGCUGGGGCCAAUUUAUCAGUUCUUCUUGGGGCUGGGUGCAUGUCAUUAUUAGCCAUACGGGCUUAG